UGCAUCUUAUCGUGUCCAUUUCGUGAUCCACUCUCUGAGCCCCAAUCUCUUGAGCAGCAGAAUCUUCAGGCCAAGCCAGGUAAGCAAGCACAACACAACCCCGAAAUGGCUUCUGCUUCUGUUCCCAUGGCUUUCUCGCUGAGCUCUGUUAUCAACAACAACAAGCCUUCAUCCGAAGCCUUCUUCAGGCCACUACCCCUACGGCAACCAAAGAGGACCCUCUUCACCACAAAGGCAGUGUCAAACUCCAAGGCUCAAAUCAAUGCAUCUUUGAAGGAGAAGGCAGUUGCAGGACUCACAGCAGCUUCUGUGACAGCAUCUAUGGUGGUUCCGGAGGUGGCUCAUGCUGCUGGAUAUGAGUUCUCCCCUUCCCUCAAGAACUUUCUGCUAAGCAUCUUUGCUGGUGGGUUUGUUCUAGUAGCCAUAUUUGGAGCCGUUAUUGGGGUUUCCAACUUUGAUCCGGUUAAGAGAACUUAAAGCCCGCAUGCUCCAAUGCUUUUUAAUUUCAUAUGUCUUUUUCACUACUCUUCUAUCUUCUUCUUUCAUGUAUGUUAUAUGCAACUGGUAUAUGUUAUAUGCAUACUAUCUAUAUCCCAGCUGCACUUUAUUUUAUGUUAUAUUCUCCUUAUAUAUGCUUAUUAAUCUUCAUGGUUCGAUGUUA